UCCUGGACGAUUUCAUGUCGAAGUAUCAAAAGCCAUCCAUCUCACGAUUACCCGAAGAAAGUCGUGUGAUUUCCGAGGACUCUCGCUAUUCCGAGGGGGCUUAUCCUAAUCUCGACUCACUAGCAUAUAUCGUGCAGCAUCGUACAGCUCACGUGAGCCGCAAAAAAACAUGGGACAAGCAUCAUCAAUCCUCUCGCAAUCCUUCUUCAUCCCCAGCCCUCCCCUGACCAUCGACACUCUUCCCGACCAAACCGGCCGCGUCCACAUCGUCACAGGCGGCUACGCCGGCGUGGGCAAAGAGCUCGCCCGCAUCCUCUACUCCCGCAAUGCAACCGUCUACAUCGCCGGACGCAGCUCCGAGAAAUACAAUGCCGCCCUUACAGACAUCCAACAUGCUGCACCAUCCUCAACCGGCAAGCUGGACUUCCUGCAGCUCGACCUGUCCGACCUGCCCACCGUGAGCGCCGCCGCGGCCGCCUUCAUGGCCAAGGAGUCGAGACUGGACGUCCUGUACAACAAUGCCGGCGUCAUGGUGCCCGCCGCAGGCUCCGUCACCGCGCAAGGCCACGAGCUGCAGAUGGGCACGAACUGCCUUGGCCCGUUCCUGCUCAGCACCGCUCUUCUGCCUGUCCUCCGUUCCACGGCGCAGACCUCUCCACCUGGCUCCGUACGCGUAACCUGGGCCGGUAGCAUCGGGGUCCAGGUCGCCACGCCCAAAUACGGAGUUCAGCUUGGACCCGACGGCCCGGAAAUCGACCCGAACCCAUGGCUCAACUACGGAAUGUCGAAGGCUGGGAACUUCUUCCUGGGUAGUGAGUUCGCGAGGAGGUAUGGACGCGAGGGCAUCGUAAGUGCGAGCUUCAACCCGGGCAACCUGAGGUCGGAAUUGCAGAGACAUAUGGGGUGGAUAGGCAGGGCGAUAUUGUUGAUGGGGUGCUACCAUGCGGAGUUUGGCGCUGCGACGGAGCUUUACGCCGGGUGCUCGCCGGAUAUUGGGUUGGAGAGGAACGGCGUGUAUGUGAUGCCAUGGGGCCAGAUCGGGACGGAGAAGUUGAGGCCAGAUGUGCUAGAGGCGGCGAAGGGAAAGGAGGAGGGUGGAAAGGGGCUUGCGAGCGAGUUCUGGGACUGGUGUGAGAAAGAGACGAGAGCGUACACGAUCAGUGAGAAGCUCUGAUCUGGAAUGCGGAACGAACGAGGGUUAUAUAAAGGCUUUAUCACGGCUUUAGGUCUACCACGCCUCCAUUACCAGCCAGCUAGUCUGCGAAUGGGAUGCAAUUCCAACUCACAAGUCUCUGCUCUAUCCUCACUACGUGCCCGCCAUCUGCCCUUGCAGUCUUUUAGUUAUUCAAUCGAUGACGUCUGUACAUUACCUUGCAAGCGAAGCAGAGACACUGCUGCACACCGAAAUCCUCGAAAU